CAUUCCCGGGUAGGGGACAUGCACGCCAUUUGCGGCCUCGGCUGUCAAUCACCUGAUCACUGAGUAUCUCCGACCUGGGAGAGGCCUGUGUAUAAGCAACACAGUUCUCUCCCUUGUCAGCUCCUGCACACUGCUUUGUAUGGCUUUGCAUAGCAGAACCAUACAAAGCACACACAGCAUGCUUAGUAAAACACACACAGCACAGUUAACCCUUUGAUCGCCUCAGAUGUUAACCCCUUCCUGCUCAGUGCCAUUAGUACAGUGUCAGUGCUUUUUAUUAGCACUGAUCACUGUACUGGUGUCACUGGGGAUGUCAGUGACACCAAGUCAGUUCCCCCCAGUGUCAGAAUGGCCGCUGCAGUCCCGAUAUAAGUCGCUG